CGUCCCCCAACGGCUCGUCGGAAGUGUCACGGCGUAGCCACGACCUCGGCCGGACGGAGCGCGACGCAUCGUCGUCGACAUGACCGCGGCCGCAUCUGUGGCGGCCUUGUCACCCGCCCCUCUCUGAAGCGUGUUGUCGUGCGUCUGUUGGUGCGUCCGGUGGUGCAGGGAUGAAUCUCUCGUCGUGGAACUAUUGAGAGUAUAGCGUAGCGGGGUUCUACCUACCGGAAGAAAAUUUGCAUAACUGACACGCCUGACUAUUACCGCAUAAGGCUGUCUUCCCAACCGAGAAGAAGGCGACGAGGAGGAGUCGCGACGACCGCGACCAUGUGCUUCUCAGGCUGCGCUGGUUUUGCGGUGCUUGACAAGGACGUGAUCGCGCAGAGGCUGUAGCCGCCGUGCCGAGGUAAAGGACGCUGUCGAUGACUUCGCGCGGCUGCUCUUGAAAGAGGCGGCUCGCUCCGAGUGUGGUCGUGGCAUGGCUGCGACGUUGGAGCACAAGGACGCUGCUGCCGGUCGACCUGUUGAGUCAAAGUCCCAGCUGUCGUCGUCAUCCUGGUCGAGACGGAAUGGUGUCAGGAAGGCCGCUUCGGCGAUCUUCAGGUCUCUCAGCUUCUCGAUCAGGCAGCGCGAUAACGGCGGUAAUGCGCCGGACAGCGGCGACUCCAGAAGAGUCCUUGCCUGUGAUCGCGGCAAGUCAAGGAUUCCGCAACCGAAGUUGGUUCACUUCCCCAGCAAGAUGGAGGUGAGGACGGCUCCCGCGACUCCGACCUGCAGUCCCGCAGUGCAUCCCGUCUCUGACUACCGGAGCCACUUCAACAGUCCCUCGACGUCGGGCGGAGCACCUGCUAGUUCCGCGCCCCCCUCAACGCCGGCCACGGGUAGUUAUCAGGCCUCUCACCACUCCUCAUCAAACGGGACUUCCUCAUCGGCGUCCGCCGAAUCCAUACCCGCAAUUUCCCAGUCCUCAGCUACGCCAACGAGCGUGCUCUCACAUUCACCGCAGAACGGAUUUCAUUCCUCCACUGCAACGUUAAACGGUAGUGUUAAUGGGCAUAGCGUCGGAAGUCACUCUCCAGUCGAUGCGACGAACGGACCCACACCUCUGCACGUGAACGGGAACAGUGGUGGCGGUGACGCUGCGCAGCGACAGGCUUCCAUCACCAUUCUGAGUUCGAAGGGCACCGAGAGCCUGAAGGAGAUGGUGCAAUGCCCCAUCUGUCUCGACCGCCUGCACCGACCCAAAAUGCUUCCCUGUCAGCACACCUUCUGUUUCCUCUGCCUGCAGAACAGUGUGAUGUCCGCAGACGCCAGCCGACUGCGUUGCGCCAAGUGCCGCACCGAGGUCCUCCUGCCCAAGGAAGGAAUCUCGGGGUUCCCGUCCAGCAUCCACCUUCAGAACAUCCUGGACCUGCUGGAGUCGGACUACGCAUCGAUGGACGAGCUGCUGCAGUGCUGCGGCUGCCAGACUGUCAGCGGAAGCAGCGUGUUCUGCGAGCACUGCAAGCUCUCCUACUGCUCGCUGUGCAUGGCCAGGCACGUGGAGGAGUUGGCCAAGCAGCUGGGACACAUUGCCGACCAGCUGGACGCUACCGUCGACAAGAUUACGCUGAGAUACAAGAAGUUUGAGUCUAGCCAAAGUGACAUCCAGUCCAAGGUUUGUUUGGAGGCCGAGAAGCGCGUCCGAAAGAUCCGGGACCUGGAGGCUCAGCUACUGCUUCGAGUGGAGACCGCCAAGGCUGCCGAGGAGACGGGCCUCCACGACGUGGUGCAGAAGGUCCGCGCGGCGGCCACCGGCGCGCGCUUGUUCUCGUCCAAAGGCUUCGACGCAGCGCAAGACCCCAACGAAAAGAUUCGGGCCUUCAUGAAGCUGCACCAAGACGCCGGCGAUGCGCUCUCGGAAGUCACCACAGUAGGCAACACGCAGUUGAGCUUUGACGCAGAGGCGUUCAGCGUCACCAUCGUGUGCCGAACGGACGCCGCCGAGGACGAAGCCGAACCUCCGGGCUCUCCGAGUGGCAGCCCAGAGACGACGCAGAACUCUGCUUCUUUGCCGGCGAUUGCCCUGAACACUCCCGGUCCGCCUGCUACCGAGCCGAACCAGAGCAAGGUCGAGCAGCAGAGGGUAGCCGCGGACGCCCAGUCUCGCCUCUACAGGUCCAAGUCCUUCCUGACCCGCAUGAGAUUAGGCAACGGCCUUGUGCAGCGGCCGUCGGGUGUGGCCGUGUCCCCGUGGUCGUCGGAGAUCUUCGUCGUGUCCAUGGACAACCACAAGGUGUUCACGUUCGACUCGACGACGGGUCGGUUCUUGCGGUCGUUCGGCAGCCGUGGCCAGCAGGAGGGCGAGUUCCUAUGCCCGUUCGGCAUCGCGCUGUCGCCGAUCGACCAAGAGAUCCUCAUCACGGACAAGUGGAAGCACUGCAUACACGUGUUCGACCGGGACGGCAACUUCCUGCGCCAGAUUGGUAUGAAGGGCCGCUCGGCGGGUCACUUCCGCAGCCCCGAGUCCAUAUGCGUGGACAAUGCCGGGCGGAUCUACGUGUGUGACACGUGUAACCACAGGAUUCAGGUUCUGGACCACGACGGCAUCUUCCUGCGAGAGAUCGGCACUCACGCUCAGCCCGAGAACGCGUUCAACCGGUCGCGCAGCAUGUUCCAGGAGCCGACGGGCGUCGCGGUGAGCGCCGACGGCCAGCGCGUCGUGGUGUGCGACUUCGGCAGCCACCGAGUGCACGUGUUCUCGAGCGUCGGCGAACACUUGCACACCUUCGGCCAGAAGGGCGCGCUCAAGGGCCACUUCAUGCAUCCCGAGUGCGUGGCGGUGGACGGCCGGGGCUUCAUCCUAGUCGGUGACAGCGGCAACGGCCGGGUGCAGAUCUGCCGUCCAGACGGGCGCCAUGUGCGCACGUUCGGCAACAAGGGCUCCAGCAGCGGACAAUUCAGCUGGAUCUCUGGCAUCGCUAUCACAGCGCAGAAUGAGGUGGUCGUGUGCGACUUCAAGAACCACUCGGUGCAGGUCUUCUGAACACACGUCGCCCGGAAUGUUUGCUUCGUCGUGAUUCUCUUGUGUUCCUGGUCGCCUCGUGCGCGGUUUGUUCAGCGAUAUAUUUUUACAGCGUACUGGUCAAACUACGUACGCACGACACAAGCGGCAUUAAGCGCACGCGCGAUUGACGUAUAGACGUGGAAGUUGUCGCGUUCAGCAAGUCGCAGGUAUGCACUCGUAUGCGUCUGCAUGUAUACCUGAUUAUCAGCGGCGUGUGAACAUGCUUGAGAUCAGAGGUGCGCAUGUGUUUGAGCUCGGAAGGCCAAACUACGUGAAAACGACGUGUGGGGCAUUAGGGAUCAGUUACCGAAGUGCUCGAGGAAAUUGUAAUUUUUAACGAGCCGAUGCUUGGCGUGUGUUUAUUAGGGCCGACCCUUCAACCUGACACCAGGUAAGCGCGCACAUGUGAUCGUAAUGGCUACUUAUGUGUUCACGUGACACCCGUGGCAUUAAAAGAGCAUAGCAAUUCUUGCGCUAAAACGUGCCCACCGCACGCACAUCGUGCGGCUCAGUGCAAUCAACUCUGUCAAGAAUGACGCAAUGCACUCCACAGUACCGAAUCACGACAGCACGCGGGAAUGCGCAUUUGCUAUGGAUAAAUAGCGCACCGAUGCAGCGGACGGUCGAAGUUUUGCUUAGGCAGUUUAGUCUCCCCGGAUACAUGUACUUUGUGCUGAUUCGCCGCACAAGUUCUUACCAAACAGCGCCGCCAUGUGUCGGGCGCGGUGCAAUGCGACAUUAGCUUUGGUCAGCAGAUCAUACCUCCCGUGCAUUAUAGCUUUGACCAUUUUGGGAAUGGGCGUUCUGGAUAAACGAAAAUCUCGCGUGUGCAAAUUAUCAACUCUCUAAAUCCGAGUCUCCGUGAUUGGAUUUAUUGCUACGGCUUUGUUUCUGUGGCGCCAUUUUCAGCUCUUGUGCAUUAGUUUCUUUAUUCUAUUACUUUGCAAACGGGUGGAAGUUACAACGCUUUUGAGAAAUAGGAAGAUCCCUUGAUGGUUGGAAUUUGGCUCCACACAUGUUGCAUUCGGGAGGUGUUUAUUGAAAGCAAUAAUUCGACGUUUCCCAUUUACCCGAUUCGAUUAAAAAAACUUUGUCGUAGCGAUCGGUUUUGUUAAAGAUCCCCUCCAAGGACAACGGCCUUCGGCGAAAGGAAAAGUAAGACAGGCAGUGCGCGGUAGAACGCUUUGUAAAAUUAUUGUCGGAGCUCGUCGGAGCUUUGUAGCAAGCAGUUGCUGUCUUCUUAGGCGUAAAAAGUUAUUGUGCUAGGAGUUCGCAGUCUGAAUAUUUUCUUUUUUCCGCUACAGCUGAAACUACAGAAAGAUAGCAUAUUGGGCACGUGGUAGCGAUAGCACGUCCUCCAGAAUUGUUGCGUGGUUUCGGAGCAUACAGGUUAGUCUAACUGUUCAGAGUACUUUCUGCCAAGGUUGCAAAGUAGCUAAAAAUAAGAGUGUGUAGUGCGCCUUUAUCCUCAUGGAAUAGCUGUUUUUCCUAUAUGUGAACGCGGUCGUCCACUUUGGCCUUCAUAGUUACAUUGUCUGUUUUAGUAUAAGGGUUCUUGGUAAAAUCUUAUGAAAAUGAAAUGUAAGAAAAACGAAAAAAAAAGCUGCGUCAAAGCUUCCGUGUACCGUCUCGAGCCAAACAUGUUAAAUAGCGUCACUGUAUAGUAGCGAGCUUAAAUGAGCGUAUUUCUUUCGAAGAGAGUGAAUCGUCUGGUACAUAACACGAUGACACGAGUCGUCUCUUACGUUGCAAGAAUUGAAUGCCGCACGUGCCCUUUCAACAGCCAUCGAAAAGGACAACCACCUACCUGAAGUGAAGACGUGCGAGCGUAAAGCAUUUCCACAACCACGAAGCAUGCGUAAAAGCAGAGUCUACAGGCAUGUUUAACAACCACUGACACUUGAGUGCCGUUUAAUAUCAAGAGGCGCUAUAGAAGUCAUAUGUAUAUUGACGUUAAAGUGCAGUGUUUACAGCGAGCACGUCCCGUGAAGCUGUUCUUUUUUUCUACCAUAUUCAGAAGUGAUGGCCUGACGUCACUUGAUGGCCUGACGUCAUCGUAAUGCCCCUCGUAAAGCGUCGAAGGAAAUUCAGUGUCUUGGGCAUGUUAAUAUAAGGCAUUCCUUUAUACGGACUCGACCAAGUCAAGUCGUGGCGUCAAGUUAAACAUUCUCCAUUACGGGGUUUCAUUGCUACGAAAACUUGCAAGAUGUCAAGAGGGAUGAGCGUGUUGAGUUUUUAAGCUUACAUGACUUGUCUUCUAGUAGCCGAAUUCACAUUUUGUAAAGGUUAGUUGAGGGUGAGUCUCAGCAUGUGCCGCCAACAGGCCAACUGCAGGGUAACACUCCGAGCCAUCGUCGAGACUUGCUUAUGUCGACGGCUCACGUUCGUGGAUCCGCUGGACUUGUGGUCGAUUUCAGCGCUCCCUAAUAUUACAGAAUUUUGGGAUUUGGUACCCAGUAGGGGCGUUCGCUGGGUAUGCGUGACCGCGCCUUAGCUGUUAUAAAAUAGGGUUUAGCAUCCGUACACCCAAACGGGGAAGGAUUGUGCUCUAAUAUAGAUCAACUCAAGCUUCGGGCACGGAUUGGGUACGCACGCUAUUUUCAAAAAAAAUGCGGGCCGGAACGCUAUAACCCAAAAAGAGGUUAGCGUGUGGAGCUUGUGCAGUGAUGGGAACCCAAGGCGAUUACGUACGCAAAGAUCUGGUAAUUUCUCUCUAAUACCAUGUAUUAAAGGGAUACUGACGCUAAUUUUUGAAGCCGAGUUUAAUGCGUCAUACAAAUCUCCUAUAUGCAGAGACUGCUCUGAGCAAGUGUGGAGCUCAGUAAAUUAGCAUAAGAUAUUUUAUUUGAUAUUAAAGUAAACUUUCGCAUGGUGCACCUACUGCCAUCGACACUAGCGUGAUGUAACGCCACAGUAUCAAUGCUGGUGACCUCACGCACCAGUAUGACUCAUUGUGAUGGCGUCAGGUACCAAACACGCGAGAUGUUCACUUCAGCGUCGUCAGCGGAGCCACGGUGCGGAGCGGCCUCGGAAAACGCCACUAUAUUUUGCGAGAGCACGUGACGAGAAACCGUGUCGUGACGUCAGGGUACAUUAGGAAACAAAACUAGCUUUUGAAAAUGCGUCGUAAUUAAUAUUCCAGGGCGCACUCAAGCGUCCCAGUACAAUUUCUUGGCUCUUGAGGACUCCGCAUUUCACUUGACGCAAAAAAAAAUAAAAAUAAACGAGGGCUGAAAAUUUUUCGAGGGAGUACCCCUUUAAUAGGCGUUGAAAGAGCACGUGCGACACGUGUGGGAAUAGCGACAGCGUGCGAUUAUUUUUGGAGUAAUGGAUCUCGCUGCUUUGUAUAUACAAUGGUUGCGCGCGGAAGGACCUGCUCGGGCUGCAAGACAUGGUCGGUAUCCCUUGAAGCUUUGAGUGCUCGUGCUUUGUGCGCAUUAUAUGUUCAUGUGAUGAGUGAGCCCUGUUUGUCGUUGGAAACCUCUGCUGUGUGUUCUAGUAUGAAAAAUAAAAGUUGAGUUGUCGUUUUGC